GCUGUGAGGGCCAGCAUGUUUGGCCUCUAAGUUUGUUAAAGCUAACACAUUUCCUUAGGAGCAGAAUUUCUCCUUUCUGUGUAAGUGCAUGCCCUCAGACAAGAGAUGGCCCUGAUGAACACUUCUAUAGCCAUCUGAAAACAGCUAUUUUAUUUAAGUAUGCACUUCAAGGCCUUUUCUGUGUUGUAGUUGUUACUUUUCAUGUGUUGCAAAACUGAGCAGAAGGCUGUAUCAUUUUAAGAUUAUUUCCUGCUGGGGGUUACAUGGAAGGCAGCGUUUUCAAAAGUAGCCGUCAGAUCCUUUCUGUCAAAGACAGCCAGACUUGACAUGGACCAUAGCACUCCUCAGAAGGUUCUCUGUGUUUUGUGCUUUAUAACAAUCUGGCCCUAACUUUGAACAUGACCUUUCUUUGAAAACACAAGGCUGUGUUACCCAUGGUCUUAAUACUUAGCAGCACUUAAUGUUUGCAGUGCAUAACUAUUAUUAUUGUACCUUCUUAGCAGCAUUUAAUACUGUUUAUUUAGUCCUUUGCACGUGCAAAUUACAGCUUGAAUUUUUUUAAAAGCUCCCUUCUGUUCUACAGGAUAAAGUUGGCAUUGUGAAUGUGGAGGCUGGGUAAAUAUAGUGGUGCCUGCGUUAUUAGGCUGUGUGCUGUUCUUCUGCCAGAAAUUCAAUAAUAUCUACAGACUUUUAUACCACCGUGAGUUUGUGUCAGAUUUAGAACCCAGUUCUGCAGCUUUGGAUGAUUCAGGGGGGACAGAAUUAUUUUUAAAACUACAUUUCCAGUAUCAUGAUGGAAAUGUUUGUUUUCUAGGGUGGAAGUGCUGAGAUCUUUGGUGGCUUUAACUGACCCUCAGGAGGGGAAGCUGACUCAGUCUCAAGAGAAAGCACUAAGCUCGCUGGGCAUUUGGGAAAGUGUAUUUAGAGUUGUUCCUGGGCCUACAUCCAAGACCUCAGUGGAGUGACAACCCAAAGAUGGGAGACCAGGAGGCAGGUGAACCUUUUCUGGGGAUAGUGUCUGAUGGUGGCAGAGACUUCGAAGGAGCUCUGCCCUCAGACACAGUGUCACUCAGCGAUUCUGACUCUGAUGACAUGGGGCUGGCAGGUGAAGCAGAAGUUGAUACAAUAUCUCCUGAGGAGCCAUCUGUAGAUGAAGGGGAUUUCAGAUCAGGAGAGACUCACGACUCUUCAAACAGCGGUCGCAGAUCUCCUGUCCAGCCAUUCCAUCUGAAGGGCAUGAGUUCCACGUUCUCUCUCCGUAGCCAGAGCAUUUUUGAUUGCCUGGAAGAGGCAGCCAAGCUGUCUGUGCCCUCGAUGCCUGAAGAUAAUGUUGUUGAUGGGAGGUUUAAGCGCCCAUUGCCUCCAACCACAGCUUCAGGAAAUAUGGUCCCAGAAAACAUGGGAAGGCAAGCCAGAGCAGUGCAGGCUCCCAGAACCUCUCCUGCAGUGCCUGACUACGUGGCACACCCAGAGCGCUGGACCAAGUACAGCCUGGAGGGAGUUUCAGAGUCCAGUGACAAGACUAACAGAGCAGUGGCCAUGGAAUUUCUAAGUGGUUUGAAGAAAAGAGGGGAGCAACAGAGCUCGGCUACCCAAGAUAGCUACACCCCAUCCUUCAACCAGGACCCUUCCAGCUGUGGAGCUGGGAGGAUUGUCUUCACCAAACCAACCAAAAGAGGUGUUGAUGGACUAGAAAAGAAAACAUCAACAGGGGAGGAUGAUAAGAAACAGAUGAAGACAGAUCUGAAAGGAAAAUCUCUUAAGAAGGCUGAUGACUUGAGGGAAGAAGAUAAGGUUGAGCUGGGGCACUUAGACAGUGACAGUGGAAAGGCAGCAGAGGAGGAGGAGGAGUACAUAAUGGAGGGGGACCAGAACACAGAACAUAAAGCUGAUGCAAGGCUUACUGGUGCAGGUGAAGAGCCAUCGCUGGGAACAGUUGGAUUCCACUGCAGUAAGAAGAAGAGCAGGAAAAAUUUCCGACCUAAAGUAGAUGAUGAAGGGGAGGAGGAAGAGUCCUGAGGGAUGAAGCACAGGAGACGUCCCAGGACUUGUCUUGUCCAUUUUUUUUCUUUUUUUUUUUUUUUCUGGUCUGAAAACCACAUGAUAGCUUUUUGUCCAACAGUUUGCAUCCUAGCCACCAAGAAUGUUUUAUCUUGUUAGAAAUUAAGCCAUCUGAAAUAAACUCCAGACUUUUUGUUUAUGAGAAUUCCGUGGGCACAGGAUAGUUUCAUCCUGGCAGGAUAGAAUAAAGUGUGAUACUCCUGAGCUGAAGUAUCCAAAGAAACAGAAGUGUUAGCUAAACGGUUGCAGGGCUUCCUAGUAACUCCCAGUUUUGGAAUUGUUCCCAAGUCCUGUGGAAUCUUGGAGAAAAGAUGAUGAGCUCAUUAUGUAGAGAUUUUUAAACAAUGAAAAUAAAACCUAGUCUUCCAUUGGAUGUGAUUUCUUCUGGCCCUGUCCAAGAAAGGAAAACCUUUUAACUUUUUUGUUUAAAAAUAUCUUUCUGUCAUUGCCGUUGAGGGUGGAAGCACAGCAGUGCCCAGUUGUGAGGAUCUGACCCUUUGAAUGUCCUUUCCAGGAGGUGCUUCCAUAUUGAUUCUGUAUGUGGAUUGGGGUAUUUGUGAGAAUCAGAUAUUUAUACCAGAACUGGAGACUCUUUUUUUCUAUGUGAUACAAUAAACUUUUGGUUUUAACUUGA